GAAGCGCCUGUGCGUGCGUGGGGCGUAGCAAGGGACGGAAGCUCUGCCGGUGCGACCGCCGCCCACCCGAGCCUAUCUGGGCUGCGUCUUGCUGCAGCUGCUCUUCGUGGCCCAACGCCCCAAUCCUUGCCUGUCCUUGCAGUCCCACCCCACACUCAGCCUUGUGUCCCUCGAUCCAGUCUCCGACUUCCAUUUCCCACCCUAAACCGCCUAGCCGGUGUCUGUUCCCCGCCCGGUUGUCCUCGCCCUGCUGCGCUGAGUGUCCCCUGUUAGCCUCGACCCCAUGGCGCUGCAGACGCUGCAGAGCUCGUGGGUGACCUUCCGCAAGAUCCUGUCUCACUUCCCCGAGGAGCUGAGUCUGGCUUUCGUCUACGGCUCCGGGGUGUACCGCCAGGCAGGGGCCAGUUCAGACCAGAAGAAUGCUAUGCUGGACUUUGUGUUCACAGUAGAUGACCCUGUCGCAUGGCAUUCAAAGAACCUGAAGAAAAAUUGGAGUCACUACUCUUUCCUAAAAGUUUUAGGGCCCAAGAUUAUCACGUCCAUCCAGAAUAACUAUGGCGCUGGAGUUUACUACAAUUCAUUGAUCAUGUGUAAUGGUAGGCUUAUCAAAUAUGGAGUUAUUAGCACUAACGUUCUGAUUGAAGAUCUCCUCAACUGGAAUAACUUAUACAUUGCUGGACGACUCCAAAAACCGGUGAAAAUUAUCUCAAUGAACGAGGAUCUCACUCUUAGAUCAGCCCUGGAUAGAAAUCUGAAGAGUGCUGUGAGCGCUGCUUUCCUCAUGCUCCCCGAAAGCUUUUCUGAAGAAGACCUCUUCAUAGAGAUUGCCGGUCUCUCCUAUUCAGGUGACUUUCGGAUGGUGGUUGGAGAAGAUAAAACAAAAGUGUUGAAUAUUGUGAAGCCCAAUAUAGCCCACUUUCGAGAGCUCUAUGGCAGCAUACUACAGGAAAAUCCUCAAGUGGUGUAUAAAAGCCAGCAAGGCUGGCUGGAGAUAGAUAAAAGCCCAGAAGGACAGUUCACUCAGCUGAUGACAUUGCCCAAAACCUUACAGCAACAGAUAAAUCAUAUUAUGGACCCUCCUGGAAAAAACAGAGAUGUGGAAGAAACUUUAUUCCAAGUGGCUCAUGAUCCCGACUGUGGAGAUGUGGUGCGACUAGGGCUUUCAGCAAUCGUGAGACCGUCUAGUAUAAGACAGAGCACGAAAGGCAUUUUUACUGCUGGUAAGAGCUUUGGAAAUCCGUGUAUAACAUACCUGCUGACUGAGUGGCUUCCACACUCUUGGUUACAGUGUAAAGCUUUGUAUCUUUUAAGUGCUUGUGAAAUGCUGAGCUUUGAUGGCCAUAAACUGGGAUAUUGCAGUGAGGUACAAACAGGCAUAAAAGCAGCAGAAUCUGGUGGUCUAACAAUGUCAGACCAUUGGCAGUGCUGUUGGAAGCUUUACUGCCCUUCUGAAUUUUCUGAGACACUUCCUGUGUGCAGGGUUUUUCCCUCAUAUUGUUUUAUUUAUCAAAGUUACAGAUGCAUAGGAUUGCAAAAACAGCAGCAUCUGUGCUCCCUCUCCUCUUCCCCUUCUCUGAGACAACUGCUUCCAUCUGUCUUAGUGGGUUAUUUUUGUUGUUACUGCCAUUUCUCUAAAUGGUAAGUUUUUGUUGCUCCUUCUCUACGUUUCAACUUUAGGUAUCAUCUAUUGACUUCUCUCUAUGGGAGGUUAGAAUUCAACUCUGGCACCCACCCUCAUCAAAUGUACACACCCUCCCAUCCCUCUGUCCUCCUAAUAUAGUUGUCUGGUGGUUUUGGCUAAUUAGUUUUCAGUUUGAUGGUAUGGUGAGCCACAGAGUACACCUUUCCUUCCCUGCAUAAUGUUCUUCUCUCAUGGAGAGUGUCUUCGCUGUCCCCUCUAGGGGGUCCCCCAUUUACUGUAUCUCAUGUCUUUCACUUGCUUGGUGCACACUCUCAUUUUGGUGAAGCACAUUUUCCAGUAAUUUCCUGAGAAAGGGAACAUGGAAGGCACAUUUGGAGACCACGUAUGUCUGAAAGUCUUUUUUGUCUGUCUUCACCCAUAGUUAAUACUUAGGCUGGGUAUUGAUUAGAAAUCACUUUCCUUUAAAAUUUUGAGAUCAUUGCUGCAUUUAUCUUUUACUUCUAGGAUUGUUGUCUAUGUCUAAAGCCAAUCUGAUUCUUAAUCCUUUGUGUAUGUUAUUUCUGGAAGCAUGUUAGGUCUUUAUUUUUCCCCAGUGCUCUGAAUUCUCUUAGUGAUGUGCUUUGAUGUGAGUCUGUUUUUAUCUGUUUUAUCUGUUUUACCGGGAAUUCAUUGCCCUUUCUGUUGGGAAACUCAGAAUAUAAGCAUAUAAGAAAAAUGUUUUAAAUUUUUUCUUUAAUUUUGUCCAUCUGUUUUCUCUGUUCUCUUUCUGGAACUCCUUUUAUUCAGAUAUUGCACCUCCUAGAUUAGUCUUUGGUUUUCUUUCUUUUGUCUUCUAUUUUUUAUGUUUUUCUUUUGCUCUGCUUUGGAAGAUUUUCUCGAACUUCUCAACUUUAGCUUCCAACCCUUCUGAUGAGUGUUUAUAAUUUCCAGGAACUCUCUCUUUUCUUGCUGUUCUCUGAAUGCUCCUGUUUUGUGCAUCCUAUUCUUGUUUUAUGGCCUAAAUAUUUGACAUCUCUUUGGAGGACAAAGUGGCUGUAUCAGUUCAUCGUCCCACAAGCAGAGUAGGAGAAUACUCUUUUCUUCCCAUUUUUUCCAACAUUUGGCAUCGUCAAGUGAUUGACUUUUCUAGUUCAGGCUUUCUUCAUGCAAGCAUCCAUUGAGCAUCUCUCAUGUGCCAGCUGCUCGGGAUACAAACGUGAACACAACGCUACAUUAGUCUGUUCUCAUGCUGCUAAUAAAGACAUAACCUCAGACUGGGUAAUUUAUAAAGGAAAGAGGUUUAAUUGAUUAGCAGUUCCACAUGGCUGGGGAGGUCUCAGAAUCAUGGCGGAAGGUGAAUGAGGAGCAAAAUCAUGUCUUACAUGGCGGCAGGCAAGAGAGCAUGUGCAGGGGAGCUCCCUUUUAUAGAACCAUCAGAUCCCGCAACACUUAUUCACUAUUAUGAAAACAGCACAGGAAAGACCUGCCUCCGUGAUUCAAUUACCUCCCACUGGGUCCCUCCCACGACGUGGAGAUUAUUACAAUUCAGGGUGAGAUUUGGGUGGGAACACAGAGCCAAACCAUAUCAAAUGCUAUACUGACUUCCAGAGGCAUAUAAUUUAGAAGGGAAAAGAGACGUGCUAACAGAAAUUUGCAAGAAAGGGAGAAAUAGCACAGAGGUAGCCCAAAAAGGGGAGUGAUCUUUCAACCUAAUUCUAAUCCCUGGGUUUGAGAUUGCUGGGGAGCUGGUGUGGUCACACCUCUCAGUGUCUCAUAGCCCAGCUGCUUGGAUACUCCUCUGAGCAUUUGGCCCUCAAGGACCGUGUUGCCCUCCUGAAUCACUGGAAAGAUUCAACAAGGCCAGGCAUGGUGUCUCACACUUAUAAUCCCAGCACUUUGGGAGGCCAGGGCGGGAGGAUUGCUUGGGCUCAAGAGUUCAAGACCAGCCUGGGCAACACAGCAAGACCCUGU